ACGAGACGAAGAGUAGACUCGGCGCCGGUGGACCAAUUUGUUCAAACCAUUGAGCGUUACUUUAUUAAUAAACUUGCCCUUAUCCUUUAUCUAUAUCAUGGAUACACUUCCUCACCUCACAGAUUCUCAAGUUCUUUUUAACCCCCCCCCCCUAUAAAUUUCUUCUAGGGUUUCUUCAAUCCCAAAUCCUCAACUCUUUUUUUUUGGUUAUCUCUUUCUCUUAAGAAUAACCGAAAUGAAUUCAGUUCGUAUGACAAUGCAACAUCCACGUUCUCGAUUUCGUAACCUGGAAGAAGAGAUCCGCUCGUAUGGGGAGUUUAAGAUUUACUGCUUCGGUCUCGCUAUUGCAUUGUGGUUCUCCGCGCCGGUUCUUCUGAUGGAGAGUAUUUGCGGAUCAGAAAAUGUCUGGCUUGGACCAAAUUCGUCCCUUCUUAUUAGACCAAGUUCCAGAUUUGUCCAAAGCAUUGAGGUGAAGGAGCUUGAUUACUCUAAACCAGGGCUUAUGCUUUAUGGAUUCUAUGGGUCUCCUUCUUUAAGCUCUGUGGUGAACUGGUCAGAAUACCGAGUGUUACCUCUCUCACAGGAUAUGUACAAGAGUUGGCGAUACUUUUUAAAUAGAGGGACUCGUUUUAAUGUCACCUAUAAGGUUGAGCCACAAGGUUCUGCGGUUCAGCUUGUGGUCGAGGAAGGAAAGCGAGUCAGAUCUCAUUCGUCGUUGGACAAGACUGCUUCGUCACGGCAUCUAAUUCAGGGGAGUGGUAUGAUUACAUUGGCGAUAAGUAGGUCUUCAGAUUAUUAUAUUACUGUGGCUAACUUGAAGAGGAAGGACGUAGAGGUGGAACUGACUAUUGAUGUUAGGGCUGUGAUGUAUGACACUAAACAAUCAUCCUACAACUGUACCUUCGGCAAUGGCGAGUGCAUAUUCAAACUUAGUGCAAUGUCCCUUGUUGGAAGUUCUAUAGUCGUAACUUCACCAGGACUGAGUCAGGGAGUAUCCAUCGAAGAUGAAUGGUACAUCAGCAUCUCAUAUCAACAUAGAUGGGUUACAUAUAUAAUUGCCACAGGUCUUGUGUUUUGCUUCAUACUUGUAGCUACACAGUGCUGUGGUGGAGAGGGAGAUCCAACCGACUAUGAUUCACCAAGAACACCUCUGCUUGCAGACAAAGAUGACGAUGGUUCUUUGUCUACUAAUUUGGAAGGAAAUGAUGAGGAAGCAGGUAAGGAAAGUAGAUGUGUCUGUAUUAUUUGUUAUGAUGCUCCAAGAGAUUGUUUUUUCCUUCCGUGCGGCCAUUGCGUCUCCUGUUUUCAGUGCGGAACAAAGAUAAAAAAAGCUGGUGGGAGAUGUCCAAUAUGUAGAAAGAGAAUGAUGAAAGUGAAGCGAAACCAUAAAGCUUAAGAUCUCAAAGUAAAAGAUAAAGUGAAUCUAUUAUAAUAGAGCAUUAAUAAUAAUAAAUUUCUCAUUUGAUAUUGACAAAGUAGCACUUAUUUAUCUGCAUUAAUUCGUUUCAUCUCUUGACCAUCAUUGUGGUAUCACACCAUAGUCCAUAGGGUAAGGCAAUAAGAUGGUAUCUUGGU